AUGACACAAGAAACGAACGAGAACGAGCCAGUCUCGGACACACUCCCUGAUGCACCAGAUUCAGCCCCUGCGAAGCCGUCGGUGCGGUCUUUCAAGAAGAAAUAUGCGAAGCUGAAGUUCAAGUUUGAGCAUGGAAUUCGAGAUAAUGAGACUCUUAUUCGCGAGGAGCUUCGAAUCGAAGACUUAUCAAAGCGAAUCCAGGAGCAGAACGAUCAACUCCUCGAGGUUCUCAUGGAGUUCAACGAGAGCGUUCAUGUCUCACCCUCUGUACGAUACGACUUGAACAUGCCUGGCGACAUUCCCUUCCUUCCUACCCCAGAGGAAGAGAUUACACCCCUAGUCAACGAUGCGACGCUAGCUCGAACCGCCCUGAAAGAAGCUAAAUGCGAAAUGGCGAGUGGGAAAUUCUCACCCAGUGCCUAUCGCCAAGUGGAAGAGAGCAUUAAGCGGAAUAAAGCAUUUGCCCCGUCUCUGCAGUACAGCGAAUUAUGCAAAAUGCCACACAGCGACACAAAUACUACGACAGAUGAAGCAAAAGAGGCCUUAGAACGAAAGCUUGGUUACUUUACUCCAGAGCAUGAGACAGAGUAUUACCUAGCUCUGGACGCUAAGUUGGGAGAUGAGGCUGCCGGGACACAACUCGCGCGUGUUCCAGAAGCGCCGACUUUUGCCGAGCGAGAGAAAGAGGCUACCAUGCGGAAUCCUGCCUCAGUCUACAAUUGGCUUAGACGCAAUCAACCCCAAGCACUACAGGACCACGAGGUCGCGUCGGAGAAAUCAGCAUCACGACCCUCCAACGCCCGUUCAUCCAAGCGGGCGCCGGCGCAGCGCAAAGAAGAGGAUACUGUGGAUGAAGAUACUGGAGAGGCGGAGCCUACUCCCAAGGGGAAACGCAAGCGUGAGGAGGAUACUGGAUAUCGUCCCAAAGGUGGAAGUAGCCGGCCUAAGAAGAAGAGGGAUGACGCGACUCCUAAUCGGAGCUCUAAGAAGGCUUAA